AUGGCCAGGCCAUUCCGAGUCAUUGUGGUGGGUGGCGGCGUGGGCGGACUGGUGGCCUCGCAUGUGCUGCAGAAGGCGGGCAUCGAUCAUGUCGUGCUGGAAAGCAAGGCGGAAGCGGCGCCGGCCGAGGGCGCAAGCAUUGCCAUUUACCCGCACGGCAGCCGCAUCCUCGAGCAGAUUGGCGUGCUGGACGCCGCCCGCAAGCUGUGCGUGCCCAUGGACCAGGCCAUCAUGCGAUGGCCUGACGGCUCGCGCCUCUCGUCGGUCCCCUUCUUCGACCACGUCAGGGACAACCAUGGAUACGAUAUCCUGCUGUUCGAGCGGCGGGACUAUUUGGGUAUGCUGUACGACACGCUGCACGACCAGUCGCGCAUUCGAUUCGGCGCGAGGGUGGUCGGCGUGGAGGAGACGUCGGCAGGAGUGAAAGCCCAGCUCGCCGACGGCUCGUCCGAGGCCGGUGACAUGGUGAUUGGCUGCGACGGCGUCCACAGCUUCGUCCGGGAAGCCAUGUGGGCCAGGGCCAACGAGAGGGUGCCGGGGAUUAUCAGCGCGGCAGAGAAGCGGAGCAUGCAGGUGUCGUGGAACUGCCUCAUCGGCGUGGCGCCGCAGAUUCCAGGGGCAGGGCUGCGUGACAUGACGGUGGUGCACGGAGACAGGCACUCGUUGCUGGUGCUGGGGCAGCCGAAGAAGCUCUUCUUCUUCGUCUUCUUCAAGCUGGAGCGGGCGUUCCACUGGCCCAACUGGCCGCGCUGGAGCGAGGCCGAUGCGGCGGCGGCGGCGGCCAAGGUGGCCGAGGUGCCCAUCUCGGAAAGCGUGCUGUUUGGCGAAGUGUGGAAGAAGCGGCUCCGGGGCCAGCUGGUGUCGAUUGAAGAGGGCGUGUUGCAGCACUGGCACUGGGGCCGCACGGUGCUGGCGGGAGACGCGGUGCACAAGGUCACGCCCAACAUCGCUCUCGGGGGCAAUCUGGCCAUGGAGAGCGUGGCGGUCCUGGCGAACCUGGUCGUGCAAGCGGUGCGGACGGCGCCCGGGGGAAAGCCUGGCAUGGCCGAGAUCGAGGCCUUGUUCGGCGAGUAUCAGCGGGCGAGGGUGGCGCGGGCACAAGGCGUGUGCGACGUCUCGCGGCUCGUAACGAGACUCCAGGCAUGGGACGGGUGGAUGCUCAGGGCGAUGGCGUGCUACCUGGGGCCGCUGCAGCGGGAGCAGGCGCUGGCGGAGCAGUUGGCUCCCGUCAUCAGGGCGGGGCCGCGACUGGACUUUGUUCCGUGGACGGGCAGGACCUCGCACGCCGUGGCCUGGGCGGACGAGAGGGCGGACGAGAGCGAGCCGGCGGCCAGCCAGUGGGGCACGCGGGCUCGGAUGCUGGCGUGGUUGAUGGUUGGGGCAACGGUUGUGAUGCUGCUAGCAGCGGCAAGCCCGACGGCGACGGGGAUGGCUGCGGCGUAG